CAUUUAAGCUGGUAUGGCAAUCUUAGUGGUAUAAAACCUAGCUCCUUGCAUCCAUCAGCACAGUUUGUGCCUAACCGGAGCAAACAUCACUUAGUUAAUAUAUUUAUUAAUUUAUAAAUAUGAAACUGUUCAUUGUUGCCGCCGUUCUCGGUGUCUGCUCAGCAGCCCGCUUAGACAACGCCUACCUUCCUCCUAGAGGAGGAGAUGGUGCAGGCUAUGGAGCCACAGGUUCUGGUUUCCGAGGAUCUAGUUUUGGUUCCGGCGGUAGCGGAUUCGGUUCCGGCGGUGGAUUCGGCUCUGGAAAUGGUGGCUUUGGAGCUGGAAAUGCAGGUUAUGGUGCCGGCAACAGUUUCGGAGCGGGAGGCGCAGGCAGUUUUGGAAGUGGAGGCGCUGGUGGUUACAACGCGGGUAGUGGCAGGCAAUCUGCUGAUGCCAGUGCUCAAAUUCUGAAACUUAACAGUGAAGUCACCGCUGAAGGCUUUUCUUACGAAUACGAAACCUCAAACGGAAUCAGAGCCGAUGCCUCUGGUGUAGCCACCAAUGGAGUUCAGUCCCAGGGAAGCUUCUCCUACAAGGGCGAUGAUGGUCAGGACUACACCAUCACAUACACCGCUGAUGAGAACGGCUACCAACCCCGUGGUGCUCAUCUCCCUACCCCUCCCCCAAUUCCAGAAGAGAUUCUAAAGAGCUUGGAGCAGAACGCGAGAGAUGAAGCUGCCGGCAUUGUUGAUGAUGGUCAGUACCGCGGCGAAGGAGCUGAUGCGGGUCGUGGAGGAUAUGGUGCUCAAGGAUCCGGUUAUGGUAGCCAGGGAUCAGGUUUCGGUGGCCAAGGAUCCGGUUUCGGUGGCCAAGGAUCCGGUUUCGGUGGCCAAGGAUCCGGGUUCGGUGGGCAAGGAUCCGGUGGACGUGGUUCCAGCUUCGGCGGUCAGGGAUCCGGGUUUAACGGCCAAGGUUCAAGCUUCGGCGGUCGUGGUUCAGGAUUUGGAGGACAAGGUUCCAGUUUUGGAACUCCUUCCAGGCAAUACCUGACCCCUAACGCUGGACGUGGAUCCGGAAACGGAAACUUCAACGCUCAAUCUGGAUACCGUUACUAAACGCAUCCUUCGGUAAUUUUGCUUUUGACCACCGAAUUACCUAAUUGUUUGAAGUUACCAGCUAUAACUUUGAUGACGUAGUUUAAGUUAACUUUUUUCACUAUUUCGACUAUAGCCUACAUAUACACAUAAUAUAGAUUGCGGGUAUAUGUUUGUAGAAAUUUACAAACUUUACUUUUAAAAAGAGAUAGCUAUUGUUUUGAAAGCACCGUCAACUAUAAUUGUUGUCUAUUAGGCAUUAGUUUCUAUAUUUAGAAAAAGGGAAAAGUUUUGAGUUUUAAUUAAGCUAAGGUCAUCAAUGUUGAGCCCGUUUGUACUCCUAAUAAGCUGUGAACCAUUUAAGUGAUUUGCUUUGAUUUCUCCAAAACCAUCUAAUCAACUCAAUAAUUUCUUAUAUUAGCUUCUAUACAAAAUUGUGUUAUCUGUGGUGAAAUCAAAUAGUCCUUCAAACUUCUAUAUCCCAUCCCUUUCCCUCUUCAUUAAUGAUCUCAACCAUAACAUCUUCCCUCUCUCUUGUACUUGCUUAGAAAUAAGUAUAGAUUACUUGGCAAUGUAAAUGGACAGUACUAGGUUUAAGCAUGACGAUGGAUUACAAAUAAAUUAUAGCUUUUAAUUGUAAAUAUGAACUAAAUAAAUGUUUUAUAGCAAA